AUGGCAUUGACACCUUUUUCACUAAAUGAUUUGAAGAAUUCUAUGAUCGAACAAAUAAAAGGUAAUUUGGAGAUGCAGAAUACCGUUACAAACGUCAUUACAACAAAUAAUAAUGAUUGGAAUAUCAUAGCACCAAAAGUUGCUGAAGUUUUAUUAGCUCCAGUCAUUGAACAUUUAAACUCACGUUUAACUGUCGUUGAAUCAAAAAUGAAUGACUUAGAAAGAUAUCAUAGAACAUGGUCAUUAAGAUUCUUGGGUUUUCAAGAAGAAAGAAAUGAAAUUAUUCCGAAUAAAAUCACAGCAUUUCUUAAUAAAAAUUUGAAUAUAAAUUUAUGUGA